AUGUCCGCCCGUCGCCCCCACAAUCAGUCCUACGCCGACGUCGCCGCGAAGCCCGCGCCGCAAGCCAGCUCCGAUGUGACCCCAGCUGUCCCCGCAGAUGUGAUUUAUAAGCUCCUCGGCUUUACAGCGGCCAUGGUUGCUGGCCCCAUUGGCAUGUACUUCUUGACAGUGAACACAAUCUUCAACGGGAGCUCAACACUCGCCGGAGUUACUGCCGCCAUCACCGCGAACGUGGUCUUGUUCGCAUACAUCUAUGUCGCUUGGAUGGAGGACCAAAGGGAUACGAAAGCAGCCGUCGAACCGGAAUCAAAGAAGGGCCAGUGA